CCAAAGUCUGCAUGCUCCGGCAGGCGCGCCGCCUCGACAGGCGAGUGUGGGCGUGAGCAAAGGUUUAAAAGAGGCGCGACGCCUUCAUCCUCAGAAUUCGUUUCGGGCACAGCCGUGGGUUUUCCUUUUUGGGAUUUAACAGAAACCGCGGCCCGAUGGCGCCAGACAACAGCUCCGUGCUGCUAAAAAACGAGAGCAUCGUGGACAGCACGGCCUCCACCACCACGGGCGCGCUUAUCCUCAGCCUGGUCUUCCUCGUGGGCUUCCCCGGCAACCUCUUCGUCAUCUGGAGCAUCGCGGCCCGUGCCCGAAAGCAGACCAUCACCACCCUCCUCAUCCUCAACCUCGCCAUCGCCGACGGUUCGCUGAUGGCGCUGACGCCGUUCUUCAUCGCCUACUUGGUGAUGAAGCGGUGGGCGUUUGGGACCGUCAUGUGUAAGGUGCUCUUCUACCUGUGCCUGGCCAACAUGUACGCCUCCAUCUACGUCAUCACCCUCAUGAGCCUCUAUCGACUGCUGGCCGUACUGCGGCCCCAGCGCAUAAGCGCCACGGUGGGCCACAGGACGGUGACGUGGACGCUGGCGCUCACGUGGGCGCUGGUGGCGCUCGCCUCCGCGCCCGCCCUCAUCUUCCGGGACGUGAGGACGAGUGCCGACCGCGCCAUCUGCGACUCGUACCACGAUGAGGACAGUCACACGGUCAUCCAAUACACGCUGGAGCUGGUCUUGGGCUUCCUGAUCCCAUACAGCAUCGUGGUGGUCAGCUACAUCUGCAUCCUGCGCCGCAUCCGCCAGACCAAAUUCCGCCGACGCAUCCGCAGCGAGAAGCUCAUCCUGGCCAUCGUGGUGACAUUCUGCGUCUUCUGGCUGCCCUACCACCUCGUCAACACGGUGCAGGUCACGUGGGCGCUCUGUCCCGAGAGUUCGGUCAAAGCAACGCUGGCGAAAAUCUGGCACCGGAGCCGCGCGGUCACGUCCUCGGUGGCCUUCGUCAGCAGCUGCGCCAACCCGGUGCUGUACUUCUUCGCGGGCAAGUCCUAUAUCCGGCGAGAGGGUCUGGCCUUCAUGGCCCGCCUGUUCGAGGCGGCCGGUCUGGACUCGGUCACCAGGAAGAGUCGUCAGAAUAGCCAGAACAGCCGCGACAGGGACAAGGAGGCGGACGGCGUCACGCUGAAGGACAAAGUUCAGGAGUCCACCUCGAGCUCCGCCGUCAAAGCGCCGAAGCAUCAGACGUGACGCCGCCGCAGGCUGCCGUUUUCAAUGUCCGUCCGUCGGCACAGUCGACCGUCUCGACGAACAACGAGGACAGCAACGCGUUGUCGCGUCGCAGGUCAAAAGAGGACCUCCGGCACUUUUUCCGCCGCGGCCCGUGUCGGUGUAUCGCACUGAAAGUCUGAAAGUCCAAAUGCGUGUUUGUGUGGCAGACGAGGUCCAAAUAAAGAAAACGGAAAGCA